AUGGCCGCUGCAUAUCUGGCGGGGCAUCUGCCGCACUUUCGAGGGAUCGCCAUAACUAUGACUCUAGCAGCCGUAAAGGCCAUCAAAAGGGAAUUGAGCAUGGCUCUCUGCCCUCAUGUCCUUCCACGACAUCUCCUGCUAUCUAUGUUCUGCAUCAGUACCUCAGCUUGCUGGACUGACCCACUGCAGUUUGGCCUCCCGUUCCUGAAGGAGACAAAAGCCAUACUCAAGUCCUACAAUCAAUCGAAACACUUUCUCUCCAAAGAUGAUCAAGAUGCACUACUCUUCUUCAAUAAGAGUACUCUGUAUUGGGACAUGCUGUGUAGUACCAUUGGCGCACAAGACACGGGCAUCAUUGACCCUAUUACUACCUCUUCAGCUAUGUCGUCGCAGCCAUGGAGCAGCCAGGGUAAUCUGCAUCCAUGGACAGGUGUCUCAACCGAGAUCAUGGAGCUCUUCUUCCGCUCCAUCCUUCUAUGCAAGGGAUUUCGAGCCCGAAUGACCCAGGAUCAUCGACAGAGUUCACGGUCACUUCAGGCCGCCCUCCGUGAUAUUAAAGAGGCACGGGAGCUCCAUCAGUGCCUAAAAUCCUUCCCCAUACCAGCGGAACAACACAUCUGCGACACGGGAGAUAUGUUAACACCUAAACAACACCUGGUUCAAAUAGCAGAAGCCUACCGACUGGCUGCCAUGGCCCACUUGUACCAAACCUUCUCUGACCUGAGAAACCAGGAUACAUUACAAAAUGGAUACGAUCCAGUUGACGCCGAGUACCGAGUUCUGGACUUAGGCUUGAAGAUCAUACGUAUCCUCGAAAAGAUUCCCUUGGCCUCUGCCGAUCUGCGUGGCGCACCGCUUCACGAUCCCCAAUUUCAAGAUAUCCAUCACAAUACCUUGGGAGCUACAAAACGCUCCACCGAAAUUAGCCAGGGACGCCAAUUUGUACUCGAGCGCUUAAGCAUACUGGAAAGUAGUCUCCCUCCCAAGCCUAUCCGGGUCGUCAAGGAACUGGUUCAGACCGUUUGGGCAGCCUAUGAUGUCCAAGGUGCUGGGGUUAGUCAAGUGCACUGGAUCAACAUCAUGGCUCAGUUCUAA